AUGCAGAUCCACACAGAGAUGUGCCCGGGACACCAGGUGGCGACACCAGCACGCACUCGUCUCCCCAAAACCCCUACAGCUCCGACCAGCACGCAAUAUUGGCUAAACAUGACACCCUUGGACCCCCCACACAACUAUACUAACGGCGGUCACGAAAACCAGGAGUGGGAGGGCGGCCCGGAAGCCAGGGAGCGGUUGACACGAGCGGGAGGGACUCUAGAUGCAG